AUGUCCGCUACUACGACUGAGACCCUCCUUCAGAGGAAGACUCUUGUCGUCGAGAAAACUGACGACCACCGACAAGAGCUCAUCUCGCGUGGACUUCUCAACUCGAACUAUCCUCUGAUCAAGAAAGUUGUUUCGGAACAGAUGGUAGUCUCGAUAGCGGCCUUGACAGCGGUUCUUCUGCAGAUUGCGCACCCCGGUGUUGGCAAAGGCGUUGGCCUCCACAGUAACUUUGCAUAUCGCUUUGUGGAAAGACACGAGAACACUGUGAUGUACAUUUACACGAUGAUCUUUGGCACUGAGGAGCAAAAGGCCAAGAUGAAGGCUUUUGUCGACAAAAGGCAUAAGUACGUUAAUGACAACAAAAAGGGCAAAACGUACGAUGCUCUUGACCCGAAACUCCAAUUAUGGGUUGCAUUCACUCUUUAUGCUACCUACGUUCCAGUCUAUGAGGAGAUUUUCGGCAACUUUUCCGACGAGGAGCGCGAACAAGUUUUGCAAGAAUUUUCUAUCAUGGGCACAUCACUUCAGGUUCCUCUGUCUAUGUGGCCUAGAUCUGUCGCUGAAGCUGACGAGUACUGGAAUCAUACCGUCAACGAAGUGCUGGAGAUCACCGAACCCUGCAAGAAGACAACAAACGAACUACGGAAUGCUGCAACAUAUGUACCAUGGUAUCUCAAGCCUCUCAUGAUGGUGACUGUGCCAGCGCACUGGAAUGCUACAACAGAGAGAUUACCUGCGCGAGCUCAAGAGAUGUAUGGGUUGCAAUCAACGUUGUGGACAAGGACGUUUGAUGCGAUUGGGAUGACGUAUCUCAAAUGGACAUACCCAUACCUGCCCAUGAGCGUGAGGACAUUCCAGGUAAAUUACUACAUGAACCUGGCUCAAAAGCUUAUGACGAAAGGAAGGCUAGCAUGA